UUGUUUAGCCAUUAAUGCGUUCGGACGGAUAGCAGCGGUCGGCAUUUUUCUUUUCUUUUCAUAUCGUUGGCUAUCGAUACUACAUCGAGAGUGAAAGAGUGCGAGCUUGACCAAAAAGUUUGUGUAUAAGUUUUCAUUUGAUAGCAUUUUAAAGUACUGGCAAGUAUGAGUGCUGGUUUGCAGUUGACAAUGGAAAAUGGCCGUAAGGAUAGUUCAGUGGCAGAGCCCACGCUAUUUGGAGAAGUGCGAGAGGAUGCGAUUGAUAGGAUAUCGCUGAGUAACGAAAGUGUUAACAUUCAUUCAGCGGUGGUCGAAACCAAAAAUCGAAUCAAUUCGGCCAAUCAAAAUCGCAUCAAUGGCAGCCAUGUUGCGGUCAUUAAUAUUGAUGCCGAUGAUAGUCUUUUUACAACCGGAAAGAAAAUGAGCAACACCGAAACUCUCCAUGAACGGGCCACUGUUGCGUUUAAGAGUGGCAAAACCAUCGAUUUGACAUUCAGAGAACAGCAGCUGAAUGCAUUGCUUCGAAUGUAUGAAGAAAAUGAGGAUGCUAUGUGUGAUGCACUGGCAAAGGAUUUGCAUAAAUGCCGCCAAGAGGCAAUUAUCAAUGAGGUUGAAUUGCUACGAAAUGACGUGCGAAAUUUGAUUAUGAAUUUCCGUUCAUAUGCUGCAGUUGAAUAUCCAGAGAAAACGUUCGUCAAUAUGCUGGACUCGGUGGAAAUUCACAAAGAUCCAUACGGUGUUGUGCUGAUAUUGGGUGCAUGGAAUUAUCCGCUUCAGUUGACAUUGUUGCCGGUGGCUGGUGCCAUUGCAGCCGGUAAUUGUGUUGUCAUCAAGCCAAGCGAAGUGGCGCCUGCAAGUGCUAAAUUCAUUGCCGAAACAAUUCCCAAAUAUUUGGAUAACGAUUGUUUUCAUGUGGUUUGCGGUGGUGUUGAGGAAACAACCGAAUUGUUGAAAUUGAAAUUUGACUACAUAUUCUAUACGGGAUCGACACGCGUUGGAAAAAUUGUUCAUGCGGCAGCCAAUCGUUAUUUGACGCCAUGCACUUUGGAAUUGGGCGGCAAAUCACCCGUUUAUAUUGAUGGCACUGUUAACAUUGAAAUGGCCACAAAACGAAUACUUUGGGGAAAAUUAAUGAACCUUGGCCAAACAUGUAUUGCACCCGAUUAUGUGCUCUGCACAAAAGCCGUUCAAGAACAAAUUGUUGAAUGCACCCGCAAAUUACUCAAAGAUUUCUACGGUGAUGAUCUUCAACAAACCCCAGACCUCUGCCGUAUCAUUAAUCCAGCCAAUUUUGCGCGUAUUUUAAAGAUGUUGAAAGGAGCCGAUAUUGCUAUCGGAGGCAACACAAAUGCAGACGAAAAAUUCAUUGAGCCAACUGUUUUGGUGAAUGUCAAGCAAACCGAUCCAGUUAUGCAGGAAGAGAUUUUCGGACCACUUUUACCCAUUAUGACCGUUGAGAAUGCAUUCGAUGCUAUUCAGAUCAUUAAUUCUGGUGAAUUACCGUUGGUGUUGUACGUGUUCUCAACGGAUUCUAAAAUCCAAGAGUUGUUCUGCAAACAUACCAGAUCGGGCAGCAUGUGCAUCAAUGACACAGUAAUGCAGUAUGUUGUUGAAGCAUUACCAUUCGGUGGUGUUGGAAUGAGUGGAAUGGGAGCUUACCAUGGACAAGCAUCAUUUGAUACGUUUACUCAUAAAAAAUCGUGUUUGGUUAAGAGUAUGAGCUCGAUUGCUGAGUUUUUGUCAUCGGCCCGUUAUCCACCAUAUUCGGAACGCAAAACGAAUUUGUUGGUAUUUUUGUUGAAGAAACGCUACAGCAUAUCGUCAAAAUACUUGGGUUAUAUGGCUCUAUUUGGGCUGGGUGCGGCGAGCGCUUUCUUGUACAAUAAAUACUUCAAGGUAUAAACAAAUCGGUUGGUGAAUGGCAUAAAAUGCAUUCAAUUUUAUUGCAUGCAAAGGAUAUAUAGCUGCGCGAAUUUGGUUCAUAGACAUAUUUUAAUUGAAUGAUAUUUCUUUUUCUUAUCUGGUGUUGUUUCUUCCCUCUUUUCCAUCAUUUUAUUCAAAAUUGAAAAACAAAUUCUUUGAAUCGAUUCCUCAUCACAAACACACACGCUCAAUCGGGACUCACUUGCACACAAACACUCCGAAAAAAAAAAACAAUUAAUCAUGCACAUUCAAUCACAUUCACACAUUCAUUCGUAUAAAAUAGAACACUCUCAAACGGCGAUAGCUGAUAUACCACUCGUCCCCUACAUACUCAUCCACAACCGCGAUUUGUUUUUAAAUUAUCCAAAAGCAGUCUUGACAGUUUCCAAUGCCUCAAAAUAAAACAUAAACAAAUCUAUUUCCAACAUUGUGAUCUAUUUUUACACUGAAGUUUGUUGUUGAAACAAGUUUCGAAAAGUUUACAAGUUGAAAACUUUUGGCAGAAAAUCGCUCAAUUCAUGUGGAAUAGCUAAAAGCGUCGGUUUGGGAAUUGCAUUGGCAUACGAAAGGCAGUAUUGAUUAUUAUUAUCCAACUUUUACCAAAAACUAACCAAACCGAUUGCUGUUGCAUUAUGUGAAAUAUGAAUUCGCGCAGCUAUUUGAAAAAAAGGGCAAUUUUCCAUUGUAGCCACAUGGUUUUCAUUUUGAAUGGGGCAUCAAAUGCCGCACAUUCUAUGGGUAUUUUGUAAAAUUAAAUUAAGCUAUAUCAACUAAUAAAACGUUAUUUUCAAUGAAACUGUUGUUGUUUUGAAACGUAAACUUUUCGUAAUCGACAAUAAGGUAAAUGGUUUAUUUUUUUUUAUUUCUGGUUCAUGGGCUGAACAUUUAAAUGGCAUUGACAUUUGGGAAUAUACGAAUUAAGGACUGGCAUCAUCGCAUGUAGAAUCAAUUGCAUUUUGGGAUAAAAUUUAAUUUGAAAUGUUCGCAUUAAAACUUAUUAAUUAAAUUGUUUGGGAUGAAACUAAUUUAAAUUGCGGCUUUUGAAAUGAAGAAACUAGGAUUUUAAUUGGGGUAAAAUGCUUUUCGAUCUUUUUUCUCAUUUAUUUUGUUGGAAAAAACGUGAAAAUGGUUAACAUUGAAAAUUGUAUGGGAAUUUCGGUGUUCAGACUGGUUUUUCUCCACUAAAAUGAGUCAUUUAUUCAAUUGGUACAUUCAUUUUGUGGGUUAUUUAAUUUAUGACUAGAUUCGGUAGAUUAAAAACCAUAUUGAUGCAUAACAUAUUUUUUAGCUAAUUCAUGUCCAUCUUUUGAAUUUAUCAAUCACUGUAGCACAUAGACAUCAAAAUGCACAUCGACCAAUAUCACAUCUUAACAAACAAACAAAUCUAACUUGGAAAUAGUAUUGUCAGCGGCACUUUUGAACACUUCCAUUCAGUUCAAUUACCAAAUAUAAGCAAUGACAAUUGUUUUUAAUUUAAUUAAACGGUUUUUCCCCCAACUUUUCUUCUUUUUCGAUUGUAUUUCUGUAGGAUGAGGCUUAAAAGUUGAUGCUAUGGAGAGAAUGAAUCGAGAAAAUGAAGAUGCGAGCGAGAUAAUAAUGUGGUCGAAACUGUAAUCAACUGAUUUAAAUUUUUUUUUUUUUCAAACAGUCUAUUAAUUUAAUGUGCGUUGUGCGUCUAAUUGUGCACCGCACUUAGGGAAAACGAUAGAUUCUUUUAAUAACAAUCGACGUUAACUUCUGCGUUCUUUAUUUUCCUCGUCGCAAAUGGUACGCAUCUCCAGGCAGCAGCGUUGUCAUCAUCAUCAUCAUCAUCAUCACCGAACGAAAUUGAAACACAUAAACAAAAAUACAGCAAUCACACCAAUAUUUAUACAUACAACGGACUAUGGGCUACAAACAAAUUGUUAAAGUCUCUACUAUAAUUUAAUUGAAUAGAUGGAACAAAGCGAGAUCAAACCGUAAAUCAUUCGGAAUUUGUCGUGACAUUUCGAAGAACACAUCCGAAAACUCUGACGAAAUUAAUGGCAACAUCAGGACUGGUUCUACUAGAAAAUUCGUGUUCUUGUGUCAAUACGUGUGUGUGUGUGAUUGUGUGCCUUAAGCAGAAUAUCCAAAUGUUUUGAACAAAAUCAAUUUGAAACACACACGCUCACACUCACCCCGACCGAAAAACCAAUUGUCGUGUAUUUUGCAGAUUAUUCUCGAUACUUUUAAGUGGGUUUAAAGCUGUAUGCAAAUGAAGAAUGUAAUUCAACAUAUUGUUUUUAUUAUUUUAUCUCUUUAUACAUUAGGCAAAUCAAUAAAAAAAAAAUUCUCAACAAAAAA